UGUUAAGUAGCGUGGUAAUCUGUUGGCUUCGUUGUGAUUAACGGACAUAUUGUUCUGUGCCUAAAUGCAUGCCGACAUUUCAAGAGGACGUCGUUUGUUCCCAUUUCGUAUCACGAGAUGAAAUCCGGUAAGAUUUUCACAGUUGUUUCGCUCCUACAGUUACUCAGCCUCGUGACGUCACAGGACGAAAACUGUACGUCAACGUGCUCAACGCUCCUGUUUUCCCCACACACUACAGUGUGUUUUGAAAUCCAUUGUUUACCAUUAUUGGACGAAGAAACGGAAAUCUUGAACAUAGCGGAGUCAACACUUGAAGACAUACCUGAAAAUGCCUUUCUGUAUCUUACAAACCUGACGCAAAUCCACAUAGCAGAUUGUACAAUCGGAAAACUGAAAUCAUAUUCCUUCAACGCAACAUACAACAUCAUAGAUAUUUUCAUUCACCAUUCUAAUAUCAGGACUGUUGAAUCCUUUGCCUUCGGAAAGAGUACGUUCGCUAAAGGAGGAAAGCUCAACACGUACCAGUUGCUUAUAGGAACCAUUGAGUCUUUUGCUUUUGAUGGGAUAUCUGAUAUGGAGACACUGACCUUCUAUGCAACGAACAUCACAACUAUAGAGUCGAAGGCUUUCUACAAGAUUUCUUCCUGCGAGUCUUUCCAAAUAUACCACUCAACAAUUACCAAUCUCAAGUCCUUAGCUUUGGAUGGGUUUACAGAAAUGAAAAAUGUUCGAAUUUUUUCUUGCACCAUUAUGAACCUGGAACGAAAUACCCUGGAUGCCUUUCAGUCAGAUAUGGGUUCUGAUUUUAUGUUCUUCUACAUCAGUGUUGACUGUGUGUGCGACAUCACAUGGAUCUUUUCUGUUAAAUCCUCCUUUCCGGAUUUCCCUCUGAACGGGAUAGGAUGCACUAUGGACUCAGUGUUUGAGGGAGCUACUCUUGACACGCUGAACGUCACUGACAUCUGUCGGUCGAGUGAAACUGACGAUACCAAAAUUCCCAGUACAGAGAGUUCAGUAACUGUUACCACUCCUAACGAGGACACAAACACAACCACAGAGCUACCAAACCCAGGCACCGCGAGUCUGUUGUCACCAUCAAUCACAUUGAUUCAGUGUGUCGUAUUUGCCUCUGUGUUGUGGCAUGCCAUUCAAUAUUGAUGUAUUCUCAUUAAAUUGGUUAUUGACUCGA